AUGUCAAGAGAGGAGAUUAUUCACGCUUACAGGCACCUUUACCGGGGUCUCCUCCACGCUGUUCAGUUUGCAACCAAGGGCAGGUUCGUGGCACGCGACCAGCUUCGCCGGGCGUUUCGCGACAAGAAUGCCACCUUCGACCGCGAAGCAGUGAAACGGACCAUUUGGUUCGUGGAGGCAGCAGCACGCGAGCGAGGUCUGGAACAUAAGAUCCUCAAGAACUUGAUCAAGACCAACUCGGUACGCUACAGGCCGGUACCAUGGCGCAUCCUGGCCAAUCAAACUACUAUGCAGAAGAAGGCGCCCCAGGUUGUGACGGACCGGGUUAGGGAAAAUGCUUUUAAGCAUUAUGACAUGACAGUGGCCAUGCUCAAUAAGAGUAUGGGUCUAUGCCUGCGUUGA